AUGGAGCCAAUGCUAGUCAAGAUGGACCCGCCACUGGCCAAGGCCAAGCCCAAGCUCAUCAGUAAUGGUGGAACACAGAAGGUGGUUAAGCCACAGUUUCUAGGAGUUCUUACCUACAACAACUACAUCAUCACUGACAUUAGGGAAGUGAGGAAGUGUGGGCUGGGUCAGUUCAUGCAAGUUUCACAGGGAGAUUUAGAAUUGAAUACAGAGAAAUACAAUAUAGAAUUCAUUAUCCCUGAGUUCAGCUACCUAAGAACUAAGGAUGUAGGCCAGGACUAUGCUGAGAAGGAGAAAGCUGCAGCCAAGGCUCUGGAGGAUGUGAAGGCUAACUUCUACUGUGAGCUAUGUGACAAGCAGUACCACAAACACCAGGAAUUUGACAACCACAUCAAUUCUUACGACCACGCUCACAAGCAGAGAUUGAAAGAUUUAAAACAAAGGGAGUUUGCUCGAAAUGUGGCUUCAAAGUCGUGGAAAGAUGAGAAGAAACAGGAAAAAGCACUCAAGCGACUCCACCAGCUUGCAGAAUUACGGAAGCAGUCAGAAUGCAGCAUCACUGGGAAUGGACCAUUGCUUAAGGCCCCCAGAUUAGUUAUGGAAAAGCAGCAAUCGCCAGAUGGCAUUUUCCUGUACAAGGGCAGCAAGUUCACAGCCAAUUCUCAACAAACCACCACGAGUGAAGGACAAGGUUCCUCCAGCAACAUACUAGAAAAACAGCAGCGUAUCAUAAGCAAGCACCAGUCCCCUACUGAAAGACCCCAUGCACUUGGAGAUCAAGUCUCACAAGUGCUCCCAGAUAGCACCAAUACUUCUCAAAGGGCAGGAGUGUCUUUCUCAUUCUCUAAAAAGGUCCCUUUGAAGCUCGAGUCCUCAGCAUCAGUCUUCAGUGAGAACUCUGAGGAAGGAAAUGAUUGUAGUGAAUCCCCCAACCAUAAAAUAAAGCAAGCUCUUGAGGGCUGUCGUUUUGGCACACUUUCGGAGGAGGACAUGAAAGCAAGCUUGGAUAAAGCGCCACCUAUUACACACGGCCAAAUGGACUUGGAUAACUGUGCAUCAAGUCAUGCAGCCGCAAAACCCAAAAUGCUAAGGGAAAAUGAAGAAAGUAGUGAUAUGCAAUUAGAAGAAAAGGUCAAUGCUCAUCCUCCAUUUUCCAAAGUCAAAAUACAACUUUCAAAUUUGGAUUUUUCUGGUUCACUUAGAGAAACAGAGCAAGAGAGCAAAUUGAAUGAGUCCGAGCAAUUGUUAGAAACUCUUAUUUCACCUUCGUGCCAAGCUAGCAAUUUUUAUACACAGCCGAAGACCUACAAGCACAGCAAUGCCCACCUGCCUGACCAGUUACCUGAGCUCCCACAACAGCCAGAACCUCAGCUGGCAUGUGCAAGCAACAUUAGUGACGGUCCUGGGGUGGUAAACAGAGAAAGCUCUUUGGAGAGUUCAGAAACCACAAAUGGGAGUAUGGAAACACUUCCGAGGGAGACCAUGGUUAAAGAGAAUAAGCCCCAGGCAUUGCCUUUCCUCCAUGUAGUGAGCAAAGAUGGCACCACUGCUCUGCAAUGGCCCACAGAAUUGCUUUUGUUUACAAAAACUGAGCCCUGUAUUUCAUAUGGCUGUAAUCCAUUGUAUUUUGACUUCAGACUCUCUUUAAAUCACAGAGAUGCCACUGAUUACGGUCAUUGUCUUUUUAAAGACAUCAUUCAAAUAGGAACAGGCUAUCAGAGCCCAAGUAUAAACAGGAACACAGCAAUAAAGGAAGAACCUAAUCUCUUCAUUAGUGAAGUGCAACCCUUUAUACAAAGCUGUGACCCAGUACCAAAUGAUUUCCCUGGUGCUUUUCCCCCUAACAGAUAUUCUGUUGUUGCUAAUUCAACAGAGACCAAAGAAGAACUACGUGAUGUAAACAUGGACUCGAACCAGGCAGAAGGCAGUUCAGACUCUGUUUGUGACAACGCUAUGCAGAAGUAUGAUGACACAGUAAAUCACCUAGAAGUGUACAGUAAAUCCACCUCCCCUCCUUUAACGCAGCAGCCUGUCACAUUUUCACCAGAGGAAGUGGACAAAUACAGGUUGCUGCAGCUGCAAGCCCAGCAGCAUAUGCAGAAACAACUUCUGGCAAAACACCUGAAAGUUUUUCCUGCCCCAGGACCAGCUGCCUUCUCUACAACACCAGCAGUUCCUGCCCUCCCUGCUCAGCAGCACGCUACUGUCACCACAGUCCACCACACGCUGCUGCAACGCUUUGCUGUUUCGGCAUCUGUACAUCCCCAUGGCAGCCAUCUCUCCCUGGCACACCUCCACCCUCUCUCUCAGGCACAUUUCACUCCCAUAUCACUUUCUCCAUUAGUGCCAGCCCUCAUUCCCACUCACCCAGCUCUGCUGACAGGACACCCAUUGCAUUUGGUCUCCACCAACCCCCUCCACCCUUCCCCACUGACCUUCCCUGCACUGCCACACACUACAUAUAUCCCAGCCUUAUUUACACCGCAUCUGAAUGCAGCCACACCUUCUGUUAUACAUCCAAAUCCCUUGGUUCACCCGUUGUUCCAAGGGCAAGAGCCCCAUUGUCAUUCUAGCCAGACCCAACAGUUACCAACGAUAAAAGAAGUUUUCAGUGUUUCUAGUUAUUUAAACUAG